UCCGGUGGCGGAUCGCCGACCGGGCGGAGCUGAUCGCUGCGCGGGCUGUGAGAGCUAGGUGGCUGGGCGCGGAGCCCAAGCCGUGCCGCGCGGCGCCAUGAAGGGCAAGGAGGAAAAGGAGGGCGGCGCGCGACUGGGCACUGGCGGUGGCAGCCCUGAUAAGAGUCCGAGUGCGCAGGAGCUCAAGGAGCAGGGGAACCGGCUCUUCGUGGGCCGCAAGUACCAGGAGGCGGCGGCCUGCUACGGCCGCGCCAUCACCCGGAACCCACUUGUGGCAGUGUACUACACCAACCGGGCCCUGUGCUAUCUGAAGAUGCAGCAGCCUGAACAGGCACUCGCUGACUGCCGGAGAGCCCUGGAGCUGGACGGGCAGUCUGUGAAAGCGCACUUCUUCCUGGGGCAGUGCCAGCUAGAGAUGGAGAGUUACGAUGAGGCCAUUGCCAAUCUGCAGCGAGCCUAUAGUUUGGCCAAGGAGCAGCGACUCAACUUUGGGGAUGAUAUCCCCAGUGCCCUUCGCAUUGCUAAGAAGAAGCGCUGGAACAGUAUCGAGGAACGGCGCAUUCACCAGGAGAGUGAGCUGCACUCCUAUCUCACCAGGCUCAUUGCUGCUGAGCGGGAGAGGGAACUGGAAGAGUGUCAGCGGAACCAUGAGGGUGAUGAGGAUGAUGGCCACGUCCGGGCCCAGCAGGCCUGCAUUGAGGCCAAGCACGAUAAAUACAUGGCAGACAUGGAUGAGCUCUUCUCUCAGGUGGACGAGAAGAGAAAGAAGCGAGAUAUCCCUGACUACUUGUGUGGCAAGAUCAGCUUUGAGCUGAUGCGGGAGCCCUGCAUCACACCCAGUGGUAUAACUUACGACCGCAAGGACAUUGAGGAGCACCUGCAGGUAAGGGGCCUUGGCCUUGGGACUAGGAUCAAACGUAUACUCAGACGGUUGACCACCUUGACUCUGUUGCAGCGUGUGGGCCACUUUGACCCUGUGACCCGGAGCCCUCUGACCCAGGAACAACUCAUCCCCAACUUGGCCAUGAAGGAAGUCAUUGAUGCAUUCAUCUCUGAAAAUGGCUGGGUAGAGGACUACUAAAGCCAUGUCCUGCCUGGCAUCCUAGCCCAGGAGGGUCUGGAGACAGAAGCUCCAGUUCCUGUAUAUAGCUUGUGUCCCUGGGCCUGCCCCCAUCAGUCCUGCUGAUGGGUUCUGAACUGCUCCCCUUCUCGGCAUACCCCUUGCUGGGCCAUGAGCCUCCCCUGUCCCCCUUCUGGGCUGGAAAGUGGGUGAGGGUGGGCUGAGGUUGCUGCUGCUGCCACUGUCCUGUAAUAAAGUCUGUGAGCACUA